GGCGAGGAUCACCGAGUUCAGCCGAAGGGAACCUCGCUCUCGCUGUUGUGCUUUCGUUCGGAGGCACCAGGAACGAUCGCCCGCAACCCUUUGCUACCCCUCCGACGCGUCUCGAUCGUUUCUGAAUUCGACGAUCGACAACGAGAUGGUCUGAUCUCGCGACGGCCAGUGGGGUCUUUUCAUAACGAAUUCUCCGAAGCAUCGUGAAACGAAGUUCGAGCAAGAAGAAUCCGGAUAGAGCGUUCGUACGGAUACACUUGUUUUCAUUUUCGUCUCGUCGCGUACCCGGGCCGUGGAAGUUGUCCGUUCGCUCGUGUGUCUAGUCGAGGCUCGAAUUGCUGGUGCGACGUGCACGCGAAGAAAGAUCGCCUCCAGGUUCUUCGCAGGCAACUUUCCUCCAGGCUGUUUAUAUCCGUUCGCUUGCUCCUGCGGUUCCCUGUUAAACCUGCUUAUCGAUCACUGUUCGGUACGCACAGCAGAGACAAGUGUUAUAAAUACGUUGCGAAUAAUGGUAAAGGUGAUGUGCGGACGCGUUGAUCGUGCCUUCCGUACGUGAACCAGUCGAAUGUUUCGGAAUCGUCGCCGCGGUUAGCUCGCGGCUACCCUCGCAGCGGCAACGGCCACUGACAGUUCGGAAAAGCUCGUGUGUUUAUACAUGUGUUCUAUGAUACAGUGUUCCGUAAUAAAUAUCGUCCGUCGAUCGUAAACCCGAUGCCAUAGUAAUCGCACGUCGAGGAUGGUCCCGAUUGUCCAGCUGCUGUCUCGUUGUCGUGGAAACCACCAUGUUGUGUCCUCGUCCAUUGUGCGGCUCGGCUAUCAGAAAGUGUCAUCGAAACCAAUAAAUGGAGAACUGAAAAGUCGAAGGGUAUGAGAAUCGCAACGAUGGUAACUGCAUACUUCCUCGACGAUGAUUCUGUCCAGAAUCAGAGAAACGCCGGAACGACUAUAAGGGAGACGAUUCAGUAAAAGAAAGAGAAAGAAGAGAAACAGAGGAAAUCGAAUCAUGGGUUCCUUGCCAAAUCUUCACGAGUUGUCUAAGGAAAAACUAGAGAGUCCUGCUUACAGGCCAGCACCGAUUGGUGGUUUAGGACCUAUACGACUGCCAGCUCAACCUCCACCAUUAGCACAUACACAUAGACGCGCCAGAAGUAAUGGUCAUCACCAUAAUCUGUGGGAUAAUGAUGCCAUGCUGGAGCACAUGGCAGCUUACUCUCCCAUCUCUUGUCGCUCCACAAGGACAUCUGCUUUGUCAUGGCGUCGACGGGACUCGAUGAACUCCUCUGCAGGAGCAUCAUCAGUACGACGUCUAAUUGCUGCUGUAAGAGCGGCUCCUUCUGGUCCCCGACCGCCGAAAAAAGCGAUACUAAGGCAUUGCGCGGCUCUUCUCUUAGGGCAUGCAAGCUGUUCAGCCGCCACGUUGCCCAUGUUCCCGUUGCAAGCUGGCCUUGGUACAUUCAACCCUCAUUUGGGACCGAUGCUCUUAGCUCUCCUCUAUGCGACUGCUACCAUCACCAGCUGUUUUGCGCCGAUACUCAUGCAAAGACUCGGGACAAACCUCGCGAUAAGUUCCAGCCACGUUGCUACCACUGUCUUUGUUGGAGCACAUCUUUAUCCAAAGUGGUAUGUGCUAUUACCCAGUUAUGCGGUACUGGGUGCUUGUAUAACACCGAGUUUCAUAGCACGAGUUUCUCAUGUUAACUCAUCAGCAAGUAGUUUAGCUCUGGUAUCUGCUGAUCCUGAAGAUCCUGAUGAAACGAGACGGGAGUGCCUUCUGAGACGACUUAAUAGAGGAAUUAAAUUAGCAGAAGACAUAGGUCUCGCACUGGGUUGUUUAAUCGCUGCCAUACUCGUAAAACUGACAGAUUCAGUCCCACUGGAUGCACUGAGCAAUGAAACAAAUGAUGUCUGCGGAGCAGAGUAUUGUCCAGAAGAGAUUUAUUUUGAAAAUGGCACAAAUAGUAUACCAGUAUUACCAAUUGGAACAUCCAGAAUACUGAUCAGCAUAUGGCUUGGUCUUGCGGUCCUAGGAUUAAGUAUAUCCUGCGCUUUUCUUGAUUCCAGAAUGAAGGAACCACAGAAUGUGAAUGAGAAGCAUAGUGCUCAAAACAUCCUUUCAUCCGUGAAGUCUGCAUUCCAAGAUCCUAAAUUGCAGUUGGCUGCACCACUGACACUUUUUAUAGGACUUGAGCAAGGAUUCAUCUAUGCCGACUUCAUAGAAGCAUAUGUUGUUUGUGCUUUGGGAGGAGCUGGCACAGUAACUCUAAGUUUUUUAAGUUUGGCAUCUUUACAAGCUCUAGCAGGUGUAACAUUAUCAAUGUUGUUAAGGCACAUUAAAAGAUACUUUGUUGUAGUUGUUGGAUUUGUAUUCCAUGCCUGUUUAUUGCUUGUUUUGAUGACAUGGAGACCAUCUGGUGAUGAUCCAGCUCUCUUUCAUGUUAUAUCUGCUGCUUGGGGAGUUUGUAAUUCUAUUUGGGAAACCUUGAUAUAUACAUUAGUGUUGGGUUUAUAUCCAAAUUCUUGGCAAGGACCAUUGUCAACAUCUCUUUUUUGGAGAUGGCUCGGUCUUGCUCUGACACUUGGAUUACAUGGACUAGUCUGCACGCAAUAUAGAGUACUCGGCCUUGCUUGUGUAUUACUUCUCUCUGUGGUUCCUUACAUAUGGCUAGAAAUUAGACUAGCCAAGAGAGGUAAAAGUUUAGCACCAUUGUGACUGGGAGAUUCGAUUGCAAGUGAUCAUGGUUCAAGCACUAAAACAGAAGCACGCUACAGAGAUUGAGACAAACUCGUUCUAUUCAACUUAAGAAUGGCGAAGAGACAUAGUAGAACUAGAAAACUUAUUGCGCAACACAGUACAAACAUCACAAAAAGGGGCACACGACGGAGAGCUCACAGUGUUGCCUUCGCAAAUAACAUUGAACAAUGUAUAGCAAAAGACGUUCUGUCACAAUGUUCUCCGGUAACAACUGAUAAACAGCAAAAAAGUCCAAAACCUAGUGACAGUGAUGUUCUUCCUGUCUCUUCAAGCUGAAUUCAUAAACUUUUUGUAUCUCCCACUUAUAAGUAGACUGGGAAACAAUAAGGUCAGUUUUGAAUUAAUGAGUCAACUCAGUUGCAUCAUUAUUUCAUUGUUAAUUUAUAGAGGAGUGUGCACUCAAAAAGAGAAGGGCAGGAAUGCCUUAUUUUUCCUCUUCUACUUGAUGGUCAAAAUUAAUUUUCUUUAAGACAUGCUUAAUAAUUUAACUUUUAAAUGACCUAAUCCUUUGACACAUAAAAUCAAACGAAUAUUUGAUCCAUUAGUAUCAGCUACUUAAUAAAAUUAAAUUCGUUACAAAUAACUAAAUGCUGUACAAUACACAUGCUGUUCUUUAGUUAAAGUUUGUAUAAACUGAGAAACUUGAACUGCAGUUUACCCAGUCUACUUGUUAAAUGCGUUUUUGUUUUAAACAGGUCUUUCUUCAAGUUGAAUGGAACGGGCGUAUGAGUGAUUAAAGAAAACUUCAUGCAGCAAAUAAUAACAUGCUCUUACGAGCUAGCUGUUGUUCCGAACAAGUACCAUCGAUGUAAUACCUUGAUGUCGUACAAGACUGAACGAUAGCAGAAAACUAUAAAUACACACAUAUGUUGUUAACGAUCGAACAUACCAAUCAUAGUAGUAUUUCUCUGACAAAUCAUUAACUGACGUUCAACGUCGAAACGUACCUGAUGUCUUUCAAAUCCAAUUAAUUCUAAUCUAUCCAAGAAAUGGAAUCCAUGAAUCGCAAUCUACCCUUUAUCACAGAAUCGAAAUGAAGUACCAUAAGAAAUGUAAGAUAGAGUCCAUAGUUCUACUAUAGUUAUAAAAAUCAAUAUCAAAGAUAUGUAUAUGGGAAAAUGGAUAAGCAAGUUACGAAUUUAUUGUAUGGGCGACGUUUUUAAUUUUUUAAAAGAAGAAUCUUGCCGUUUUGCGUUAAGAAAUAUACUAUACGUUACACGA